AUGAAGAGCCCAUCCUGUGAGAGGCCACUUGCAUUUCACUGUAGACCUCUACAGCCUGUAAAAAUGGAUAACAGGUGUCAUUGUGCAGCCAGCAGCGACAGGCUAUCGAAUCCUAUCCUCUUCAACAUCCUCAGCCAAAUGGAUAACAGCAAACCGAGCCAAAACUGCUUCAAUUCAAUACCUCAUAGAUGCAACUGUGAGCUGCGACAGACAGUGUGCUUGAAAAGGCCAUCUGAGAUCUGCAAAGAAGCGUCAGCAGUUCUGGUUAAAACUGUCCAUUUCAUGAAAAACUUGCCAGCCUUUAACCAGAUGCCACCAAAUGACCAGUUCGCACUUCUUAAGAGCAGCUGGGCACCGCUCUUCAUCUUGGGUCUGGCCCAGGAGCGUGUGGAUUUUGAGGUGACGGACACACCUGCUGACAGCAUGCUGAAGAAAAUUCUCCUAAACCGUCAGGAGAGCCCUGAGAUGGAGAGGGAGCAGCCCACCAUGGCAGGUGUCAGCAAACUCAAAUCCUGCCUCAAAAAGUUUUGGAGUUUGGACUUGAGUCCAAAGGAGUAUGCAUACCUCAAAGGGACCACGAUAUUUAAUCCAGAUGUCCCAGAUCUAAAGGCAGCUCUGUUUGUUGAAGGCUUGCAACAGGAAGCUCAGCACGCCCUCAGUGAGGUGGUCCAGCUCCUUCACCCAGGGCACCAGGAGCGCUUUGCUCGAAUCCUCCUCACAGCCUCUACGCUGCAGAGCAUCACACCCAGCCUCAUCACUGAACUCUUCUUCCGGCCCGUGAUAGGUCAGGCUGAUCUGCUGGAGCUGCUGGUCGACAUGCUCUUCUGCAGAUAGAAGAGGACAGCGGGGCUUCAUAUAAUAAACUGUCCUGGAGAAAGUUGAAUCCGAUGUUUUUAACAGUGGUGAUACAGAACUUUUUUCGCUGACCAACCCAAGCAAUGUUUCCUCAUGAAAUGAAGGAACGCCUCACAGUGGACAGCUCAGAAAACAACUGAUGAUAGCCAACAGAAAAAAAACUUGUGUAUUGGUGAACACGAAACUAUAAAUGACUAAACUUACAUUGAAGCUGAGGUCACUUUAGCCCAGUCUGGAAAUCUUUUAGCUGCUGAAGAAGAAGACAGACUGUACCCACUGAGAAUAUACUGUAUCUUAUGUUGAAGAUCUUGUUUGCUUCGAUGUUGUAAAUAAGUCUGCAUUUU